AUGGCCGAAGAGCCGCUCCCAGGCACACAAGCACAAUCCUCCAAAGACACCCACCGCAUCCCAGCUGCCGCCGCCCACGCGCACCGCCGCCUCGCCGCCGACCAUCAAUCUCCCGCCCGUGUCCCCAUCGGCGACGCUGAUGCCCUGCUCCCCAGCCAAUACGAGUUCCCGCCGAAACCCCCCUCGACGCCGCCCCGCCGCAAGCACGCAUCGCGCCAUAGCAUUUCGUCGACACUAGGAGACAUUGGCACGACCCUGCAGCGCUCACGAAGUGCGAGCCUGCGCACAAACGACUCAAGCGGCACCACGAGCAACGCUUCCACAUCGCGCACGUCCUCGCACAAGAGGACGCCCUCCGCCAACCUGGCCACCUCCUUGUCCCCCGAGAAACCUUCCUCCCAGCCUACCAAUCCCGCCGCCUCUUCAGCACGCCCGGCCUUGUCCAUAUCAACCUUCUCACGCAGUACUAAGCAACGCUCGGCGGAGAAUGUAAGGCCAGACACUGCCGUGGGGGCGGGUAGCAGGCAGGGGUACGACAAGGAGCCGCUGUCAGCAGUGGACAAGCCGAAGACGCCCUUUGGUCGCGCGAGGUUUCCGUCAAAUAACAAUGACCCUCCGCCCUUGCGACGCCAGGACACCGGAACGUAUGGAGGCAGCACUAUGAACUACAAUGCCGGCGGAUUAGGCCCUGCGGCGCCCAUACCGCUACCAACGGGCGCAAAUCCGAAUAUCAUAUUCCAGCAUAUACAGGAGAUGGCUUCGAAACGAAUCUCAACAUUAGAUUACCUUCGGAAAGCACACGAAGGCCGUAUCUACUGGUUCAACACGCUCCUCUUCUCCCGUCCAGACCUCACGCGCCUCCCCUCCUUCACACCCCGCAACCUCGCCCGCCGCGCAACACACUACCUCCUCCUGGGCUUCUCCCUCCCCACCAUCCUCGACCUCAACUCCUCAAACCCCACCGACUACCUCAAAGCUCUCCUCUCUCUUCUCAUGGAAUUCGAACAAUACCAAAGUAUACACCCAGCGGAUGGUUCUGCACCUGCCAGUCUCGGCAGAGGAAGGAUACCGGGCAUGCAGAUGUUCAAGCGGGUGAAUGCCAGCGUAGGCGGAAAGGGCCGGCGCAGUAGUUCUGCUGCUGGCAUAGACUUCACCGGUCUGAAUUCCAACGAGCCGUCAGCAGGUAUGGAUUCGCCGCCUGAAAACGACCUACUGCUGCCGAACGAGUCGUACUUGUAUCUCCAGACGCCGAGUCUGCCUUUUGAUCCCGAUUUCUUCAGCACGUUUGCGACUCUCUGUGAUGUCUUGAUUGAUUGCUACACGAAGAUUCUGAAUCUCUUGAGCACGCCCGAAAGCAUCGUGCUUGCGGGCGGCGGCGUGCCUAGCACGGUGGGGGAACUGUUUAACAAGGCAGAUGCGAAGGUGCGGAAAGUCAUACUGGCAGGUGUGGUAAGGGAGUUUGAGGAAGGGUGCCGCAGCGGUGUGCGCGCGGAAGUUGGUGGCGUCGGUAAAGUGGUGCUUGGAGGGCUGAUGUGA